AUGAGUCCCUGCCCUACCUCGCUUGUCCUUGCGAAACACAGCCUCCCACUUAAAGCUAAAAAGCAGAGUGAAAAAGGGCAAAGAGGCAUGGGUUUCACAGCAGCAGCAGCUAAGCCAAACACCCUCAACAGCAGCAAAGAAAACAGGGGUAUGGGUUUAUUCCUCGUGUUCUUCCCUGAAGACCGGAACAAAAUCAGCAACUCCAUUGAUAACAACACUAGUACAUCAAGAUUUAUUCGUAGAACAAGUUCCAGUCUCCUUUUCACCAAAGCUCAAUCUACCAUUUCAAUCUGUGCUCUUUUAGUUUUCCUUACACUUCUCCUCUUUACUCUCUCUACUUUUGAACCCUCCAUCCCUAACCCAACUACCCCUUCCUCCUCCAUCAAAAAAUCUCGUCGAUUCUUAUCCCAAAAAACUCAACUUUCUUCUUCACAUUGGUUCUUUCCAAUGUGGGAUUAUAAGCCCCUGCAUUUCAUGCAAAAAUCCAAUGUUUCUUCCUCUUCAUUCGCUUUACAGGGGAUGGGAACUUUGUAUAGGCGUGGGACAAAAGCCAUGAACGAUCUUAUAGUUAGCCAUGUUGUUGAAGAUGUGACUGAAGAUGAACUCAGGCUUUUCUUACGAGUCUUGCAUAGGUCAGGUGUCACUUCAAAAGCAGACACUGUUUUCCUUUUUGGGUCUCCUUCGUUAUCUUCAAAAUUCAGCUUUGUGAUUCAGGAAGAGAACGACUCGUUCUUGAAACUUAUUAAACAUUACAAAGAGUUGAAUAAUAAUGGUUUCCGUGACUCAGUCUGUAGUUUCGACUCGAUCCAUUUUUGGAAAUCUGGGAAGAAAGACGUGGGAGAGCCUAUUUGGGGAAAGAAAGGCCGAUGGAAUUAUAGCAAUUCAACUGAAGCAGAAGGUGAGUCAACUCGGUUGACUUAUGGCUCGGUUGUGGGAUUUGAUGUGAAUGAGUUGGAUCCAGAGAACUCGCUGGCCGGGUUUUUAGAUCACGUUCCAAUGAGUUUGAGAAGAUGGGCUUGUUAUCCAAUGCUAUUAGGAAGAGUCAGGCGAAAUUUUAAGCAUAUAAUGUUGUUGGAUGUUAAAAAUUUGAUGUUAUGGAGUGAUCCGCUCGGCCGUGUCAGGAAUCGGAGUUCCGAGUCGGUUUAUUUAUUGAUCAAGGAAAGCAGCUCCGGCAAGCAAAGCAACAGGAUAACUCAUCGAUUAUUGAUGGGUGGAGCUAGGGGAAUUCGAAGAUUAGCCAAUGCAAUGUUGACUGAGAUUGUUAGAGCUACAAUGCAGCAUAAGAAAAAGAACGCAAUAUCCGAGUCGGUAAUAUUGAGUCAACUCGUCGGCAAUAGCUACAUACUGAAGCACCUUAAUUUGAUCACAUCGACAGAGUCAAUCAAGGAAGCGAGUUCACUCAUGAGAUUGAGCUCCGAUUCAGCUGCAGGUUAUUCAAUAAUCCAACGUGGUAAUACUAAUCAUGACCUUAAUUCCAUAAUUAUGAAGCUAAUAUGUUUGUGUGAAGUAGAUUCUUCUGUUUAUAGGGAUUGUUAACAAGGAAAA